AUGAACUACCACCACGCCGCGGCAGCCCACAUCCACGCCGAGACCCCGAGGAGCAGCCCCGAGCCACUUUGCAGCAGCUGCGACACGCCGCCGAAGACGCAGCCCACCCCUCGGCCAUGGACGCCCGGCGCCCCGUCACCCCGCAAGGAGCAACCAGAGCGCCGGCCGCCCCGCCACCACCUUAGCCAGGUCGCCGCCGCCACCCACACGACUGCCGCCGCCACCACCCGGAUCUGGACAGGGGCACCCAGAUCCACCGCCAGCAAGGUCCCCGCCCCCGGAACCCCAAGAGCCGCCGCCAGGAGGGGGAGGGGGCAGGACCACCGGGACGCCAGCACGUCGGGGGGGAGGGAGCAGAGCCCGAGGACGGGCGACGACCGCCGCCGACGAUGCAGAAGGCCGCGCCCCGCGACGCAAGCCUCCGGCGCGCAGGAAGAAGACGCCCCGUCGCCGCCUACACCGCGCGGCCUUUGGCCGGCGACGCGACCGGCGGCGGCGAGGGGAGGGAGGCCAGGGAGGGGGGCUGGGGAGCGGCGGCGCUAG